CACCCCUAAACCCCACCCCACCCCGCGCGCUACAGGGCCGCUUUAAAGUGGAAUCCGCGGAUGAGCAGCCACUCUCCAGCCAUGGAGGAGCUCACGGCGUUCGUGUCCAAGUCCUUCGACCAGAAAGCCAAGGAGAGCAGCAAGGAGAGCAUCACGUACCGGGAGGUGCUGGAGAGCGGCUUGACCAGGGCCAGGGAGCUGGGCAACUCGGAGAGCAACCUGCAGGACAUUACUGAGGCCAGCAACCACUGCCCGGUGCAUCUGUUCAAGGAGCACGUCGAGCUGGAGAAGGAGAAGCUGAAGGAGUUCAGCGCGGCGAGAGCAGCUGAGGGGAUUUAUGAAUGUAAAGAGAAGAAGGAGGAUGUGAAGUCAGAGGACGAGGACGCGCAGGGGAAACUGAAGCAGAGACGGAGCAGGACGAAUUUUACUCUGGAGCAGCUGAACGAGCUGGAGCGGCUGUUCGAUGAGACGCACUACCCGGACGCGUUCAUGAGGGAAGAGCUGAGCCAGAGACUGGGACUGUCUGAGGCCAGAGUGCAGGUUUGGUUUCAGAACAGAAGAGCAAAAUGCAGAAAGCAGGAGAAUCAGAUGCACAAAGGGGUGAUCCUGGGCUCGGCCAGCCAUCUGGACGCGUGUAGAGUCGCUCCGUACGUGAACAUGGGCGCUCUGAGGAUGCCCUUCCAACAGGUCCAGGCCCAGCUCCAGCUUGAGGGGGUGACCCACUCGCACCCUCACCUGCACCCCCACCUGGCGGCACACGCUCCCUACCUGAUGUUCCCUCCCCCGCCCUUUGGACUGCCCAUUGCCUCACUGGCGGACUCGGCCUCCGCGGCGGCGGCUGCGGCGGCGGCUGCCAAGAGCAACAGCAAGAACUCCAGCAUCGCUGACCUGCGACUCAAGGCAAGAAAACACACGGAGGCGCUGGGACUCUGACCCCCAUGGGCUUCUCCACAGCUCUGAACUGAUAAUUGCUUCUCACACAAGACUGCGCCUGUGAAAAAAGGCCACGACACUCACAGUUAAAAACGAAAACAAAACACAACUACAGAGAGAGGAGAAUGUACUGAGAAAAGAGAGAGAGAGAGAGAGAGAGAGAGAGAGAGAAUGAGAGAAAGAGAGAAGGGGGGGAUAAAGAGACGGUGUAAAAAAAAAGAAAUUGUCACAAAAAACCAGCUGCCAAAACAAACCACUUAUAGAGAAAGGUAAUUAAAUACCAAUGAAAUCACCUUUUACUUUUCGCCCAACAGGCAGGACUGCUUGGAGGCCACUGGCUCAGCCCCUUCCAGGCACAGAUCACAGCCCCAGGACCGUACAAAAAUGUCUGGAUGUCUGUCUGAAAACCAGCGGUUAGCAGCGGAGACUUUUAGCAAAAAAGAAAAAAAGAGCAGACUCAGAGUGGCUGAGGAAGGCUAGAGGUUGAACAGUGCUCUCAGAGUGGGGUUGUUUUUUUUAAACGGACAGACACUCAAAAGUUGGGACUCUCAACCUCACCGAGAAACAGCCACACUCGCCUCCAACCACUGUGUUCAUUUGUCUGUGCCGCUGCCGAGUGCAUGCGUUCAAACGAAGGAUAGCUCUACCGGGGCUGGCCUCCAUUGUAACUGACAUUCACCAUGUUGAUCACUGCCAUGACAACCUCCCACUAUAAUCUGCACCUAGAGUCGAUAUAUAGUUUUUGAUUUUUCGCACCUUGGACACAGAUGGAAAGCAGCAUUUACAACAAGGGUACAAUCAUCAGUUUU